CUGCCGCCGGGAGCCGGGGUUUGCGGUCAGGUGUCCUCUCCGCAGCCGACUGGGGCUUUUCCGCCUUCUUCUGGGGGGCCGGGCCGGACCGGCUCCGCCCCAGCCAGGUGUCGGUCGGUUCCCAGGUGCCCUACGGAGCUUGGAGAUUUCAGUGCCGCAGGCCUGUGCAGCGGGCCAGCCGCGAUGGAGAACGCCCCCGAGUGCACGCCUUCUCCCUCCGAGUUCACACAGCCUCCCAGCUCGGCCAGGGAGCCCGAGGUGGCGUCUCCCGGAGAUCCAGAGGGCUGCGCCCGGCCCCUAGACACGGUCCCCAAGAAACUCUGUGGGUACUUAAGUAAGUUUGGCGGCAAAGGGCCCAUCAAGGGCUGGAAAUGCCGCUGGUUCUUCUACGACGAGGGCAAGUGUCACCUGUACUAUUCGCGCACCGCUCAGGAUGCUAACCCCUUGGACAGUAUCGACCUCUCCAGUGCGGUCUUUGACUGCAAGGCAAACGCCGAAGAUGAGGGCACUUUCGAGGUCAAGACUCCCAACCGGGUUAUUACCCUCAAGGCCGCCACCAAGCAAGCGAUGUUAUACUGGCUACAGCAGCUGCAGAUGAAGCGCUGGGAGUUCCACAACAGCCCACCUGCACUUCCUGUCACCCCGGCUGCCGGCCUGCCUGGGAAUGGGCCCGCCCUGCACCUCAAGCUAGAGCAAGAGGCGGAGCUGGAGGAGUUCCUGUGUCCUGUGAAAACACCCACUGGACUUGUGGGCGCCGCGGCUGCCUUGCAGCCUGUCCCUGCCAUGCCCUCAACCCUUCAGAACAUUUCUCUGAAGCAUCUAGGAACUGAAAUACAAAAUACCGUGCACUACAUCCGUGGCAACAAGCAGACCCAAGCACCAGGCCACGGACCACUCGUGGCCGAGCCCUCACAGGGUGUGGAGCCGCAAAGCGGGGAGCAGCGCUUGACCUCUGACCCCAGCACUCCAGCAGGGAAGGAGCCGGAGGAGUCUCCCAAGCCUGCACUCAGGUCCUCUCUGUCCUCGAGUCCCAUGCAGAAGCCUAAGCGACAAAGCAACACCUUCCCAUUCUUUUCCGAUGGGCUGGCUCGGAGCCGCAUGACCCAGGAGAAGGUGGCAGCCCUGGAACAGCAGGUGCUGAUCCUCACUGAGGAGCUAAAGUCGCAGAAGGAGCUGGUGAUAAUCCUUCACAAGGCCCUGGAGGCUGCCCAGCAAGAGAAGCGAGCUUCCAGUGCCUACCUGGCAGCCCCGGAAGACAAGGACCGACUGGAGCUGGUCCGGCACAAGGUGCGGCAGAUCGCAGAGCUGAGUCAGCGGGUGGAGGCCCUCGAGCAGGACCGAGAGCGUCUGGCGCACGAGUCCGGCCUGCUCCAGCAGCAGGUGCAGCUGCUCAUGGAUAAGAACCAGGCCAAGCAGCAGGUCAUCUGCAAGCUCUCCCAGAAGCUCACCGAAGACCUCGCACAGCCAGACCAGCCUGCCAGUGCCGCCAAUGGUGACUUCCUGAGCCAGCAGGAGAGAAUGGAGCACCUGAAGGACGACAUGGAGGCAUAUCGGACCCAGAACCGCUUCCUCAACUCCGAGAUCCACCAGGUCACCAAGAUCUGGAGGAAGGUGGCGGAGAAGGAGAAGGCCCUGCUGACCAAGUGUGCCUACCUCCAAGCCAGGAACUGCCAGGUAGAAAGCAAGUACCUGGCCGGGCUGCGGAGGCUGCAGGAGGCAGCAGGGGCUGAAGCCGGUGACUUUCCUGGGCUGCUGCGGCAGCUGGUCCACGAGGCGCUCCAGUGGGAAGCAGGAGAGGCCCCAGCCAGCGUGGAGCUGAGACCCGUCAGCAGUGAGUACGAUGCCUACGGCUUCCUGACGGUGCCAGACUAUGAGGUGGAAGAUCUGAAACUGCUGGCCAAGAUCCAGGCCUUGGAGGUGUGCUCCCACCACCUGCUGGGCCUCGAGACCGUGCAGCGCCCCCUACGGGAGCGCUGGGCUGCCCUGACUGAGCUGGCACCCACAGCCGAACUCAAGCAGCUGCUACGGGCAGGCGUGCCCCGGGAGCACCGUCCGCGUGUCUGGAGGUGGCUGGUCCACCGCCGGGUCCAGCACCUGCACUCUCCAGGCUGCUACCAGGAGCUUCUGGCCCGUGGCCAGACACGCCAGCACCCCGCGGCCCGCCAGAUCGAGCUGGACCUCAACCGGACCUUCCCCACCAACAAGCACUUCACCUGCCCGGCCUCCAGCUUCCCCGACAAGCUCCGCCGGGUGCUCCUGGCCUUCUCCUGGCAGAACCCCACCAUCGGCUACUGCCAAGGCCUCAACAGGCUGGCUGCCAUCGCCCUGUUGGUCCUGGAGGAUGAGGAGAGCGCUUUCUGGUGUCUGGUGGCCAUUGUAGAGACCAUACUGCCCGCUGAGUACUACAGCAAGACGCUGACCGCAUCUCAGGUGGACCAGCGGGUGCUCCGGGACCUCCUCUCAGAGAAGCUGCCCCGACUCACCGCUCACCUGAGGCAGCACCACACAGACCUCUCUCUCAUCACCUUCAACUGGUUCCUCGUGGUCUUUGCCGACUCUCUCAUCAGUGACAUCCUCUUGCAAGUCUGGGAUGCCUUCCUGUAUGAAGGGACAAAGGUGGUGUUCCGAUAUGCCCUGGCUAUCUUCAAGUACAAUGAGGAGGAGAUCCUGCGGCUGCAGGACAGCCUGGAGAUCUACCAAUACCUACGUUUCUUCACCAAGACCAUCUGCGACAGCCGGAAGCUCAUGAGCAUCGCCUUCGAUGACAUGAACCCCUUUCCCAUGAAGCAGCUGCGGCAGCUGCGGGCAGUCCACCGGGAGCGGCUAGAGGCCGAGCUGCGGGAGCUGGAGCUGCUGAAGGCGGAAUACUUGGAGAGACGGGCAUCCAGGGGCAGAGCGGUGCCCGAGAGCUGUGUCAGCGAGGACGAAGGGGAGGGCGACGGCUGACCUGCCCCUCCGCUCCCCAAAGCCUUUGUUCGCUUUGCUGGCAGGAGCACAGGCCACAGGCACGGGCCAGAAGUCUGUGUGACCCCGGAGAAGGCCCUUCUCCUCUCUGGAUCUUACUCUCCCAGCCCUGCCAGCCUGUAUCACAGUACCACUGAGCACUUUAACAUGUAGGGAGGCGAGAGUACACCCUGGGUCACCCGGAGCGCUCUCUGAGGCAUGACUGUUUCCGUUUGGUUUGGGUUUGGUCUUGAGACCAGGUUUCAUGGCGCUCAGGCUGGCCUCAAACUCACUGUGUAACUGAGCCUGGCCUGACCUUCUGGUCUUCCUGACUGAGGCAAGGUUGGCAUAAAGCAUUGUCCCUUUGACUGAUGACUCUCUCUUUAGGACAGACACACUCUCUUACCAGUGUUUCUGGGCAGGCCAAGGUGUCAGCAAUGAUCCCGCUGGCACCCUCUGGCUCAGGGCCUUGGUCACCAUAGAUGGCACUCCAAAUAUAAGAUCUGCAUUUUCAGGGCAUGUGUCUGGGCAACAGCCCCUCUGAAGUGCCACCUGGAUCUGUGUUGAGGCCACCCUCCUCGAGGGACUGUUUCUGGAGCCUCAUGCCUGCGUCUUCCCUUCUGCUUACGGCCAACUGAGGACACCCCAGGGAAGCCCGUCUGCCACCCUUAGAAAUUUGUUGGGAACAGGACAGUGGGCCGCCGAACAACCAUCUGCUCUGACAUGGCCCUGUCACGUGGGGCUGCAGCCCACCUGGCUCAGCAGAACGAGUUGAGCACGGUUUUAUGGCCCCGCAUAGCCCUGUUCUCCAUGCUCUUCCUGGUGUUUUCAGCAGAGAGAGCUGCCCAUCCCAAGUGUCCACCCUACCUGGGAAAGAAGACUUAGGGGUCACAAGGGGUUCAUAGCUCCACAAACUGUGACUGCCAUCAGCCUUGAGCAUGGCUCACAGAGGGUGGGGAUCUGUGGAGGCUCUUCUGGAAACUCCCGAAGUCAAGGUUCCUGUGGGACUGGGGCCACACCCUGUUGGCUCUGAGAGGCAUGGUGUGCGAAAGCUUAGCAUGCCUGGCACCCAGAGAGUGUGCACACACACGCAAACACACGCCAGCUCCUGGCCUAGGGACUCCUGUAAGCACCGUGCACUGGCGCCUGCCUGAAGUGGGAGAAAAUGGAGGAGGAGGGGUCUUGGGAUCCUGGCUGUGCUCUGACUGGCACAGUAACCCUCAGUGGGUCACAGGAGAAGAGACAGCCCCAGCCCUGGGGAGCACGCAGGAGAGUGAAACUGAUUGACCCCAGGGCCUGGCGCAGGGAAGCGCCCAAGGCAGUGAGCCUUUCCUGAAGGAGGCAUGGCUAGGUGGGGUCCAGGUCUCCAAAGACAGGUCAGGCAGUGGGCACAGGCUCCAGAUCAGCAGCUCCUUCUGCCCUCCUCUACCCCUCCCUCCCCCAAGCCACCGCCCACCUCUCCUCCUCACUUCUCCCUAGAGGAGGACUCUGCCCAAGUACCAUGCAUGCUCCUUCCUCCCCAGGGACCAGACCGGCUUUCUUACCGAGCUAUGCCUUAGAAUCCUAAGCUAGCUUUGACCCAGCAGUGUUGCUGGGCCUGCUGUCUGAUGCUGUUGAGGCCACGAUGUUCUGAUAACCCUGGGAGGGUUAGAGUUCUGGGACUAAUUGCCUCCUGCAGCCCCGAGUGAGGAGGCAGGCUGAGAACAGCUUGUCCCACAACACUCACCCAGGUCAAGCUCCAGUGACUGGGCACAGAGAAGUUAGUGAACUCCAAAGUCAUGCAACAGGGGAGCGUGGCCUGGCCUGUGAGGCUGUGGGCACACCCAUAGGGUAACUGUAAGAAGAGAAAGGGUGCCCUUGUGUGGGUACACACUUAAGGUCCCCCAGCCGUCCAGAACUCCCUGGACUACAUAGUCUCAAAAAACAAAACAAUAAAAGGAAAGCAGAUGU